UUUAUUCACCAUACAUAUGGCAACUUUAUUUCUCAUUUCGACAGCUGUUUGUCAUUAUUUAUUUCGUUUAUACAGUACUAAAAAUAAUUUUCCGAUUUAAUUUUUUGUAAAUAAAUGAUUGUCCAUAAAUUCAUUUAAAAAAAGGAUUAAAUUAUGACAUCACAAUAUAUUCCUGCAGUCGUUAAACAUGUUGAGAACAAUGCAGGAACGCAAAUUAAAAUUGGACAAAUUCUCUUGGAAGAUUUGCAGAAGGAACAGAAUCUUUUAACAAGUGAUUUUCCGAUUUGCAAACAAUUGAUUGAGGGAGCAUUAGAACAUUACUAUGCUACUGGUAUAGCUCCUGGUUGCGAAUUAUAUGCUGAUGUUUUGAAUAGGAAUCUUAUUAAACUUCAUCAGAAACUACUACUUCCUACGAAAUUAAAUAAAAUAAAUUUCAUGUUGGAAGAAACGUGCUUAAAACAACUUGAAGAUAAGACACAAUGUAAAAUUCAAAUCAAAGGACGUAAUUCCAUGAUGGAUAAAGAUAAGGAAGAAGAAUUAAGGCAAUCAGGAAAUGUGCGAUAUAAACAUUUAAAACGAGAUCUUUAUUUAGAACUAAGUGCGGAAGCUACUCCCAUAGAGUGUUAUACACGUAUGGCUUAUGCCUUAGCUGAAAUACGUUUCCUAAUACUCCAUACAAAUGAGCAGCUAUUUGAAGAUGAAUUAUGUGAAGAGACAAACAUUGAAAAACAAAUAACUGGUGAGCGUUUGGAGCAUGAUCCCCUUCAAAUAGUUUUUAAUGAGCCCAUGCCAGAGCCAGACUUAAAUAAACCCCAGGCAUUAGAAACGAAAACACCCAUGUUUAGCUUAGCAAAUAAACUUAUAAGUUUAUUAGACGAAACUGUUUUAAAUCCUAAUUUUCAACGUACAGCAGAUGUAAAUACCAAUAUAUCUCAAGAUAUUGAUAGUUUUAUAGUUUCCAAAGAGCCCAUCAGUAACAUCUUGCCAACAGCUAGUGUAAAUACCAAUAUAUCCCAAGACAUCAGUAACAUCUUGCCAACAGCUAGUACUACUAGCGUGGAAAAUAUAAAUUCGACAUUAUCUUCAGCAAAUAAUCGAUCACGAAGUAAAAUAAAUAAAUUAAAUAAAACAAACAAGAAACGUAUAACAAACAGGAAACUAACCAAAUCUACACAUAAAACGAAGUUGGUUAAAACAAGUUUUAAAGCCAAGAAUGGUUUUGCUGGCAUUUUCUAUAUAAAAGAUAAAGAAACUAAUAAAAUUAUAAAACGUCAAAUUUGCAAUAAGUCGGCUUUAAGUCGCUGUCUUAAAAGAUCUGAAAUUACACAAACAGAUGAGAAUGAUUCAUGUGAACCUUUCACUAUAGAUUAUUUGCAACAAAAUCCCAUAGAGCUGGUUUUUGAAUAUACACCACGUGAUAUAAUACUCUCUCUACUAGAGACUAUGAAAAGCUAUACAGUUUUGUGGGAAUUUCAUGAUAAACCCUUCAAUGAAGACUUCAAUGAAGCCAUUGAAGAUUUAUGCCAACAAAUUAAUAAGCAAUGGUCACUACAAAUAGAUUCGUUGAAAAUGCGUCGAAGCAUUAAUCGUAUAUUAAGAUUUUAUCGAUUUUUGUUUCCCUUUGAAACUAUGGAACAAUUUUCCGACUAUUUUGAAAUAUGUGCUGGUUUUUUGCCCACCAAUGUAAAUGAUAUACCUUAUGCUCGCUGUUCUCAUUGUUUUAUCUGUUUUAAAUAUGAUUCUGAGUUAAGAAAACAUUUGUCAACUGAACACAAGGAUUUAAAUUGCGAUUACAAAUGUAAAUACUGUGGAGAACGUUUAGCCAAUAGUUUGGAAUAUGAAUUUCACAAACGUCUGCCACAUUAUGAAGAAAUAUUUCACUGUGAUUAUUGUCAUGAAAAAUUCAAAAGUCGUAGUAAUUUAAGAAGGCAUUUACUUAAACAUGUAAAACAUCCCGUGGAACGUAGAAAUCAUGUCUGCGACCUUUGUGGUAAAAAAUUUAAAACUGGCGGCGAGAUGCGAAAUCACAAAUUAUAUCAUGAGGAAAAAAAAUUCAAAUGUCCUCUGUGUCCAAAGUCCUAUUUCAAAGAAUUUACGCUUACGAUGCACAUGAAGAUACAUCGGAAUGAAUUCGACUUUAUAUGUGAAGUGUGCGGAAAGGCAUUUACGCAACAAAAACAUCUAAAUGAACAUAUGGAAAAGCAUAAUGACGUGCAAAUCACAUGCAAUAUUUGUAAUUUAAAAUUAAGAAAACGUAAUCUUGGUCGUCAUCUACGUACUAUACAUGUGGCGGUUGAGGGCACCAUUGAAAGUACAUUUCGAGCAAAAGGUCAUCGUCACAAUGAACUCAAUGGUAAGCGGGUCUUUAGGCCUAGAAAUAAAUCAGGAAAAGAUCCAAAUUGUUCGAUCGGACAGAAUGCCCGACAAUAUAAUUGUAAACUAUGUAAUAUACUUUUUGAACGUCUCAAAUUCCUUAAGGAGCACAAUGCGGAAUGUCAUUCGAAUAUAAAUAAAGUAGCAUGUAAAUUGUGUGAUUCACAUUUAAUCCAUAGAUAUAAUAUGAGAAGACAUUAUCGUGAAAAGCAUAAGAUAGACGAUUAUACAAUUGAUACCCUUCACGAGGAGGAAACAGAUAAUGAUAUCGUACUCUCAAUGACAAUAGAAAAAAUGGGAGAACUUUAGAACUUAAGUAGUUAUCAUUCAUUCAAACCGUUUUUCCUAUUCCUUCUUUAGUUUUACAAACAAAAAAAUUAUUUAUUUAAUUUCAGAAUGUUUAAAAUUGGAAUUAAAAAAAUCAUAAGAACAAAUACACUUUUAUAAUAUUAAUCUUUGAUUUUUCUUGAAUAAAAUGUGUUUAU